AUUCGAAGCAUUCUCACACGGCCUCGACCGUCGUUUGCAGUGCGCGUAUCGUAGAGAAGAGAUGACAUCGAUCGUUGCCAUUGCCUCGUGCCUUGUGGCAUGGCUCCACAGCAACAAGCCGGCGGCGCGGAAGCGGUCCAGCGUCUCCAAGCAGCCCCUUCAAGUCGCUCAAAUCAAAGCGCUGCUGCAUGCCCGGCCGUCGCACGUCUUGCCCAACUGCGUGCUGCCACCCGUCGCGCCGCCGCGUCGGUACAAGCUCCGACCCGUAUUUGUGGGCGGCAAGCAAGUGCCCUUCACACUCAAGGUCUCUCGCCGAUGCGCGCUGCAGCGCCAUCCGCUUCACAUCGUCGCGGAAGGCCUUACGCGCCGCCAACUCCAGCAGCGGACGACCUUGGCGCUGGCCAAGCAGCGUGCGUAUGACCCCGAGCGCGCCUGUUAGCGGGUUGAACCGAGCUAAUAGAACAGGAUACAUCGUG